AUGGCAGUCCACAACGUAUUAACAUACCCACCCCAUGAUCCAAUGGAGCGUUCAUUGUGGUGCCAACAGCAGCUAGCAGAACGCCGUAGGUGUAUCUUAUCAAAUCAACAUAUAACAAUAGUCAAUAAAAUAAAGCAAUCUGUACGAAGACGACGACGAUACCCGGCAAACAACGCACAAAUCCAUGAUACACAACGUGGAAACAUUAGGAAAAAAAUUAUCAUCAAAAAAUCAAAAGUUGAAAUGAAUACAUCUAAAAGGCCAGAUAAAAUACAAGUGUUUCUCUAUUCCGACUUCAGUGGACCCAUACGUUUCGUAGGAAUGAAGACUGACCAAGUUUCUAGCAUUAUUAAGUUUAUAUCCAUGACAUUUAACCUGCCAGCAUCAAAAAUACGAUUAGCAACGGGAACAAACUUCCAGCUAUGCGAAGUACUUUCGUUGGACGAUCACGGUAUUGACGCUGAUACGAAUAUAUACGUGACAAUCGAAGAGAGCGGCUUGAAGGGGGGAGCUGACAGUGAAGAUGCAAUCAAGAAAAAAACUGAUGAGAGUAAAGGCGAUGAUGAUGCUUCAAAUGAUAAUAUACACAGAUGGAGAAAAGAAGAUGUACGACAUUGGCUUAUCAAUACAGUAAGAAUGCAAAGCAAAUACGCAAACAUGUUUUAUGAAGAAGAAGUUGACGGAGAAACUCUUAUAACAUACAAGGAGAAGGAUCUACUAGAAGAUUUUAAAAUCAAAGACGGUCCAUUAACAAAACUGUUGGGAUAUAGGGACAACUUGCAGAUAAAAGUACCACCAAUUACAUUCCAAGACUUGCCUGCUAAUCUUGAAGAAUGGACACCCAACCACGUUGAGUUAUGGGCCAAAUCAAUUAAUUUAGAUGAUAAGUACAUUCAGGUUUUCAAAGAUGAAGAAUAUGACGGAGAUGCUUUGAGAUUUCUAACACCAGAAAAAAUCCAACGAAUUUUUAGUAUGCGAAAGGGCCCCAUGAGAAAACUGUUGUAUCGUAUCUAUGCAAUAGCCGACACAUUGGUAGAUGGCAGAAAACAACUGACUUCUGAAUCACAAAUGGGUUAUUCAACGAGUGCGAUGUCACAAGGCCCGAGAAAAUUUCCACAUACAUCUAGCGACAAAGAUACAAAGUCAGCAAUAAACAAGGCUCAACCGCAAACUUUCAAUGACGUAAAAACAAAAGAAAAACAAUUUACGUAUGCUGAGAAACACCAUGAUCCUGAUGUCCUUCAGUGUAUUGAGCUACUAAAUCGUCAAUUGGAACUCGACUUAUACAAGAAAGCAGAUGUUUCAGAGUAUUACCCAUGUACACUGCAACUGAUUUCUGGAGUGUUCGGCAAAGCUGCUAACUUGCUUGAAAGGCAGUUCUGUUUUCUCACGCUCAAAAAGGGUCAAAAAGAAUUGACGUCACAGGAAACAGAUUUAUUAUGGAAACAAAUUCAACUUAAUGUAAAACAAUUUAUACGUUUGUUACCAGCCAACAAACAAGUUAUAUUCGAUGUAAAUAUUGAAACUAAAGGGGAAGGCGUGGCACGUGCGUCGGAUAAACAACAGUUUCUACUGCGAGAUAAAGGAUUGGCUGCUUGCCCCAUGUUGCGAAAGAAUCUAAAAUCAAUAACAAUGCACACACAACUGGUAUUACUCGUUGAUUCAAAAAUGUUGACCCCUACCACCUUGAGGUAUGGAACAUAUUUAGAUAUAAAGAAUGAUGAUGUAGUAUUUUUUAACUUCGAUGAAAACAAACGUUAUGCAACUUCAUUUGAUUGUACAAAAAAUAUGACUAUCACAUUCCCCCAAAGACGCACUAGAGCUGCUAAAAUAGAGGAACAGAGAAUGUCUGAUAAAAUAUGUGUUGGAUCUCUACAAUCGUCUCUGAAACACUUACCCGAUAGAUCUAGUCCUGGGAACAUGGUGAAGGAAGACCUUUUUACUAUGAAAUCUCAAACACAGGAAACCGAAACACGCGUGGCAAAAGAAGGUCUAGACACGCAAGAUAUAAAUAGCACCCAAUCACACCAAGUCAAAGCUAGCUUGAUGCAAAAACCUAGACUGUUUGACAGAGAGGUGGAAAAUUGUUCGUAUACAAAAGGGUGGAUAUUGGACAUCAUUGAGACUGGAGUAAUUGAUAUAUUACAACCAGUUCACGAAUACAAACAGUUUACCAGUUAUGCUAGAAGUAAUCCUAAAGAAAGAAUUUGGAAAUUCGUGACAGAAACGAUACGUUUUGCAGCUGCUUGUUUGAAUGAUAGAACAAACGGGACAAUUCAUUUUGGAAUAGCAGAUAGCAAACAUGGAUAUGCUCAACACGGCCAAAUAUACGGUAUUGAAGUUUUGGAUAAACCAGAAUAUGAGGAAGGUUUGGACCAGUUCAUUGGCAAAUGUUUCCAAAAAAAUGAAAAUAUAGAAUGUGCCAGAAAGUGCAUCAGACCUCCACGUUAUGUACCAGUAUCUGCUCCUGGAAUAACACGUUCCAAGUAUGUCAUAGAAGUGGACAUUGUACCACACAGUACAAUAUGCAAAAACAAAGCAUUCUUUGUUCGACUUCCAGCAAACCCUGAAAAACAAAGGCUUCAAAACAUUUCAAAAACAAAAGAAACUUUGUUUAGACGCAUCGGUUCAACCUCAUCAUGUGUAGAAGGACAGGAACUUCAUACAUUCUUAGAAACACACUUGCAUGUAUUGGUUAAACAAAGAAAAGAAGCGGAGCAAUCUACCUUAAUCAAUGUACAGAAUAUCUCAAUGCGACGAGAUAGGUUAGCACGAAAGCUGCAAUGGCUUUUAUGUACUGGAGGAACAACACUUGACUCAUCAUUUUAUCCUAUUCUGGUUUUGAACAAGCCACACUCUUAUGUUGAUAUGGAAUCAGAACUUAGAUUUGUUAAUGAAAUCAACUGGAUAGCUGUAUUUGACUUUGAUCCAGAAUCACAGUUAAAGGGGAUAUGCGCAUUUCAUUCCCAGAACAGAGUUUCUAAUAUUCAAGACCCUGACAUGUAUCUCAACAUCACUGAUGUGUGUGCAAGGCGAGAUGAAAUUGGAUUUCCUGAGAAAACUUGUUGGGUAUUUUGUAAUGGACGAACAGCGAUAGACGAACGACCUUUCACCAAUAAAUUAGAAUGGAAUGUUGGCAGAAGCAAGGGAGUGAAAGAAGCAAUUCGAUUUUUCGCGAAUGAAGAUGUAAUACCGAAAGGCCGUGCAAUUGUUGUCUUUCUUAUACUUUCUCAACAAUAUGAAAUCAUGGUUGAAACAUUUGGUGAGUUUUCAACCUAUUUCACUUCUGAAAGGCUGAUGUGUAUUGCUGACGACGAUUCAAUAUGUCAUGGCUGGGCCCGUGAAAUAACAGAACGGUUUUGUUCUAUGGAACUUCUACAAGAAAGAAGUGUAAUAGGUAUGCCAUGGAGCCAUGUCAAUGCAACUAUACUUCGAAUGAAAGGCAUUACCGACAACGACUCCAGUAGCAUUCCAUGUUCAACAGGAGCUCAGGUGGUUCUCAAAAAACGUGACAGGGAACUUCUGAAUGAUAUUGAAGUCUUGAGCAGUAAUCAAUGUGAGAACCAAACUAAUACCAUGUCUCGAGAAGAAUUCAAAGAGUUCCAAAGAGAAAAAGAGCUUAAAUUUUAUCAAGGACACCAGGUAGAUUGGUGGAAUUUCUGGGCAACAGAUAACCAUUACAACCAUGUAUUAAUACGUGAUAGGCAUUAUGAUCUUCGAAAAUAUGUUCAAGAUGCUCUAUCUCCGGAUAUUUCUACUGAAGUAGAAAGAAUUGUUACAAUAUCACUUUUUCAUCAACCAGGCGCGGGUGGAACAACAAUGGCUCGCAACGUACUAUGGGAGUUAAGAAAACAAUACAGAUGUGCUGUUGUCUGUAGAGUAACUGCUAACACAGCUAACCAGUUGAUUAGGUUGUGGACAUACAAAGAGAUUGGAUUUAAGUUAUGUACACCUAUUGUGGUUGUUGUCGAAGAAUUAGAUGAAGCAGUCUUCAGGGAAUUAUUGAUACAGAUAGAUGAUGUCUGUACAAAAAAGGGGAUCAUUAAUAUUAGAAGACCUGUGUGUGUUAUGAUUCAUUGUAAGCGUUAUAUUUACAAUGAUCCGACUGUAAAAAGACAAAUGCAGCUGGACAGUGUAACAUUGAAACAUGAACUAACUGAAAAUGAGCGCACUUGGUUUGUAAACAAACUUGAGCAAUUAGAAACAAAUUACACUAGUUUAGAUGAAAUUGAAUCAAAACAUCUCAUCUCAUUCAUGAUACUCAAAGAAAAUUUCAACAAGAAUUAUGUUGAAAAAAUGGUAAAAGGAAUCCUUGCUGAAAUCCCUGAAGGCUAUGAAGCCCAACUGUUGAAAUAUGUGGCUUUAUUAAACACAUAUGUGAUUGACUCUUCAAUUGCUGUUGCAUGCUGUGACUCAUUGAUGGGUAUUGGGUUCUACAGAUUGAAAAAGAAAGAAAACCAGCAUUCUGAGUUUCUGUUGAGCCCUCCAAUGAAACUUUUACUUCUUGAAAUGCAAAAGAUUUCAAUUGGAAGCGUAAAAGCAUACAAGAUUGUCCAUCCUCUUGUGGCUAAUGAAAUUUUGAAGCAAUUACAAACCAGGGAUAAUCAAGGUCUGGGUGAUGCAACUUUAGAAUUUCUGAGGUCUAAGCUGUUUCAAACAAAUUCACAUGCCAAAGAAGAUCUGCGGCACAUGACCACAGAAAUGUUGAAACGGCGAAAAAAGUUUGAAUAUGGAGAUGAUUAUGAAACUAAAUUCUCACCACUUAUAAUGGAUGUUCUUGAAGUUGAUGGCCCAGAGAAAGCAACUCAAGUACUACUUGUAGCCAUGGAUUUAUUCAAGGAAGACACGAUGGUAAUUCAACAGGUUGCUCGCAUGUACCUUUAUAGGAAGGAAUUUGAAGAUGCUAAACAGUUUGCUGAAAAGGCCCUAAGCAUAAAACCAGGAAAUUCAUUUUUACUUGAUACACUUGGUGAAGUAUACAAAGAACAAAUGAGUAGUGAUUACCUUCAUGUGAAAGUAAGUCAAAAGAAAAUGAAAGCUGAAGAAAUGAAACGUGCUUUGAAACUAGCAUUCAGUGCCAUGGAUAUAUUUCACCGAAGUCAAGUAGCAAGUACCAAGGAGAGAUUUCAUUACAAUAUUGCUGGCUAUAAAAAAGAAAUUGAAACAUGCUUUCGACUACUUGAAAUACUUCUGUGUGUUGAAGGUUUUCAUAAGUCACAAACAGGGAUAGAAGCACUUCAUAGAUAUCUCGUUGAAACUGACUUCACACCAGUCACUAUUCGUGAUCCAUGGACGGACUUUCACAGCAAACUUAAAGGUCUUUCCUAUAAUGUUGAUCUCGCCAUACAAUGGAUAACUGACUAUUGUACAUAUUACAAAGAAGAACACUUUUAUGACUAUGCUUCCAUCCAGAAACUAAAAGGUAACUUGUAUGAUUACAAUAGUAAAUAUAGCUUUUAUUUUGGUGAGAGAAGACCUGAACCACCUUCUACUAUGCAGGAUGUGGAAAGUGUUAACGAAUGGAGACGAAGACGCGUGUCAACUCUUGGGUGCAGUAACUUUAGAAAUGUGUUUUAUUUGAUACAGAAGAUUAAAAAAAAACCUGACAUCAAAGGAGAAAUAAUAGCCACGCUUAGAGAAUGCAGAAAACUACUGCUAAUGAAUGAACCCAAAACAACAUUUGAUCUACUCUGUCUCAUAUCACUCAAUCUUGCUUUGAGUUCCGUUGAUGCUACCCAAACUGGCGUUUCAUCCUUGAACACCAUUUUGGAAUAUUCACAGCAAUAUCUACAGAUGAACAAGAAAGGUCAACUUUAUCCAUACUUUUUUCUAUCAAUGAUUCUGUGGCCCCGGGCUGAUAUGGGCGUUCCGUAUGAUGAACAAACAUUUCAACUCAGUCUACGUGAUCUUAAGGAUCAAUAUUCAGCAAAAGAGAAACAACGCAGAGAACCAAUGCAUAAAUGGAACUAG